CCAGUGAGGAGAAUGUGCUUGCCCUCUAGUCAGUAGGAACUUCUUACAUGUUGUUAAUUGAAAGAGAAGGGAGUUCUGUUAAUGGCAGAGGUUAACUAUGAAGAAUUUCAGUGCAUACUGAUCUGAUAAUUUAAUAUGAUCUCAGACUUAUCCAAGGAAUCUUAGAGUGACUGACAAGUAAGAGAAAUCCAAAGUAGGAAUUAUCUGUAGGAGUGAAGGAGUUAACUGAGUGUGUAAACUUUAUCUUUUGUCCCAUGGACUUGUGGUUUGCUUAUGGAAGCUUCAGUAAAUGAUUGUUAGAAACCUGUCAUUAUUAGUUGUUGCUAUUUGCUGCUUUAAAAGCCUAGUGAUUUCCCUGCAAAGCAGGCAGCAUCUUCUGUCCUUUCCUCAUUUCUGAUCUACUCUGGCUACCAAAGGAGCUAUCAGCUCAACAACCAUGAAUGGUGGUGACUACAGCAACAUUCAUGACACAAUCGAAAAAGAGAGGAUGUAUGAGGUGCCAGACCGACCAGAAGAAAAUGAAGGUCCUUUUUAUGAUGAGGUCCAGGAAGACCUAGGACCAGAAAAUCAUCUGUAUGCCACAAGGCUGGGAACCCUUGGGAAUGAUCCAGUGUCAGUCCAUGUCAACGGGAGCGAAGACCACAACUUCACCUCUCCCCAGCUAAAAGCAGAAGGCUGCCUAAAGCCUGAUGAGGUGGACCAUGAGGUUCCAGAUUCUCAAUCAGAUGAACCCCAGGACCACAGGGACAUCACAAUGGAAGGACCACAUUUGCCAGCCUGGGACCAGGUAGGCUACCCAGAGGAGCCAUUGGCGAAUGGAAUCCUGAUGAAGGAAGACCCGGCUUCCCCCUCAAACUUCUCCAUCCAGCACAGCAGGGCUUUCUCCACAAGCAAGGGGCCCUCUGCCUACUAUGCUGAUGCCAACAAUUUGAAAGAAGAUGAAGCAACUUCCACGGAUCCCGAGAUCUAUCUUUUUGUGAAGGCUGGAAUCGACGGGGAGAGCAUUGGCAACUGUCCCUUCUCUCAGCGUCUCUUUAUGAUCCUUUGGCUGAAAGGAGUCGUGUUCAACGUCACCACUGUGGACCUGAAAAGAAAGCCAGCUGACCUGCACAACCUCGCCCCCGGGACCCAUCCACCCUUCCUGACCUUCAAUGGGGAUGUGAAGACAGAUGUUAACAAGAUCGAGGAGUUCCUGGAGGAGACCUUAACCCCUGAGAAGUACCCUAGGCUGGCUGCAAAACACCGAGAAUCCAACACAGCAGGCAUUGACAUUUUCUCCAAGUUCUCUGCCUACAUCAAAAACACCAAGCAGCAGAACAAUGCUGCCCUUGAGAGAGGCCUGACCAAAGCACUGAAGAAACUGGAUGACUACCUGAACACGCCUCUGCCAGAGGAGAUCGACGCCAACAUGCGUGGGGAUGAAGACAAGGGGUCCCGACGCAAGUUCCUAGAUGGAGAUGAGCUGACCCUGGCUGACUGCAAUCUGCUGCCCAAACUCCAUGUGGUCAAGAUUGUGGCCAAGAAAUACCGCAACUAUGACCUCCCAGCUGAGAUGACAGGCCUGUGGCGGUACCUGAAAAAUGCCUACGCCCGGGACGAGUUCACCAACACCUGUGCAGCUGACACUGAGAUUGAGCUGGCCUAUGCAGAUGUCGCCAAGCGCCUCAGCCGAUCCUGAACACCACCCAGCUCUGUCCCUGCUGCAGAAGAACUCAACUGCCCCCAAAGGACUCCAGCUCCAAGGCCCCGCUUCCUCGUUGCCUCAGAAAACCUUGUAUUUUUCUCUUUGCAUCAGGCUUCAUCUUGAUGACCUCACCCAUACUCCAGCACAUGAUCUUUUAAGAAACCCAGCACCCAUCCCUUGCCUUAUCAUUCAGGAGUCUGGCAAGCAGAAAGGACAGGAGCUGGCAGCUACUAAACCUGCUGGUUUGAUUCGGGUUUUCUGUAUUGGGGUGCAGUGUUAGGGAUUGUCACUAGCCCCUUCUGCCAAUAUCAAAAUAUCAUCUCAGAUGCUUUAGAAAUGUGCAACACCAACUCCUCUGCCACCCUCCUCUUUGUCGGUCAUCGCAUGGCCAAGGACAAAUGUCCUCUUAGUUCUUAUUAGAAAAAGAUUCCUGCCUUACUAAAGAAGACAGAGUGAAUGAAGGACUGAGUUGGCCGAUAAGGAUGUCCAGGAAGCAUAUCUUCAGUCACUCCCUACUUCUGCCACUCCUGUCAUUGGGCACUGAAGCUGAGAUUGGCACCCUGUCCACUUGUUGGACUGCUGAGAAAGCUGAAAUGCUGUUAUGUACCUGGCCAAUGCUGACCUUGGCAUUUAUGCUGGUCAGGCCAUGCCAGAACAUAAAUAGACAGGCAGUUCUAACCUGGGGUGACUGGGAAGGGGAGAUGAGGGGAGCAAUGUUGAUGCCAAAAGGCCCACAGGGUCUAUCAGCCAUGGAGUUUGCUUGUUUAGGAGUAGUGUGAUUGGGGAUUAUACCCCUGACUUUGACUGUGUGUGGUCAUGAGUGGUUUCUAGUCUAGGAGAAAGCAGGUGGGGGGUGAGGAGAAAGAUGGGUGAAAACAAAUGGUUUCUUUAUAAAAUUUCUUGUUCCCCGGUAAGCUUUCAGGUAGUUCUUUUCUUUCAUGAUCUAACUAAAUCUUGGACCAAUGGUAUGAUUUAACUACCAGUCUUACUACAAAGCCCCAACAAUUGGCCAAAAAUAGCUUCUCAAUGUCUCAUAGUUGCUUCUGGAUAUGAGUCUGCGGAUUGGGUACUCUCAGGGCUUCCCCUGGCUGACCCAGCUGCAGAUAUUGAUGGCAGAGACACAGUAGGCAAAUGGCACAGUCAUGGCACACCUGAGGAAGAAAGUCCAGGGGACUAUCUGACUGGGAAACCAUGUGGUUGAAC